AUGGGCUCUUCUUCUCCCCUAACAAGGAGAAACAGAGCAGUGUCCUCUGUUUUAUCUAUGUUUCUUGUUUUCCUCUGUUUCUCAUCUUCAUCAAACGCUCAACCCACGCCAGUUUUUGCCUGCGAUACCUCCGGAAACUCAUCUCUCGCCGCCUAUGGAUUCUGCAACACCGCUUUGAAGAUUGACGCCAGAGUCGCUGAUCUUGUCGGGAGGCUCACGUUGCAAGAAAAGAUUGGGUUCUUGGUGAAUAAAGCUAACGGCGUGACACGGCUUGGGAUUCCAACGUAUGAAUGGUGGUCGGAAGCACUUCACGGCGUUUCUUACAUCGGACCCGGCACGCAUUUCGCCGGCCAAGUUCCCGGUGCCACUAGCUUCCCUCAGGUCAUACUCACCGCCGCUUCUUUCAACGUAUCUCUGUUUCAAGCCAUUGGCAAGGUUGUCUCAACGGAAGCGAGGGCAAUGUACAAUGUUGGAUUAGCAGGACUAACUUAUUGGUCACCGAAUGUUAAUAUAUUCCGAGAUCCGAGAUGGGGAAGAGGACAAGAGACUCCUGGAGAAGAUCCAUUGCUUUCUAGCAAGUAUGCUUCAGGAUACGUUAAGGGUCUUCAAGAGACUGAAAGCAGCGAUGCUAACCGCCUCAAAGUCGCUGCGUGCUGCAAACACUACACCGCUUACGACGUUGAUAAUUGGAAAGGCGUAGAACGUUACACUUUCAACGCUGUGGUGAACCAACAAGAUAUGGAUGAUACGUAUCAACCACCGUUCAAGAGUUGUGUGGUUGAUGGGAAUGUGGCGAGUGUUAUGUGUUCUUACAAUAAAGUCAACGGUAAACCAACUUGCGCUGACCCGGAUCUCCUAUCCGGUGUUAUCCGCGGUGAAUGGAAGUUAAACGGGUACAUUGUUUCGGAUUGUGAUUCAGUAGAUGUGUUGUACAAGAACCAACACUAUACCAAGACUCCAGAGGAAGCUGCAGCUAUAUCUAUCAACGCAGGAUUAGAUUUGAACUGUGGUUCCUUCUUGAGCCAGCAUACAGAGGCCGCGGUUAAGGCGGGUUUGGUCAACGUGACAGCUAUCGACAAAGCAAUUUCAAACAACUUCUUGACCCUUAUGCGGUUAGGAUUCUUCGAUGGAGAUCCGAAGAAGCAAAUCUACGGCGGGCUCGGUCCAAAAGACGUUUGCACACUUUCAAAUCAAGAGCUAGCCGCAGAAGCAGCUAGACAAGGCAUUGUCCUACUAAAAAACACUGGUUCCUUACCUCUUUCUCCUACAAUGAUCAAAACACUAGCCGUGAUUGGACCGAACGCGAAUGUCACUAAAACAAUGAUCGGAAACUACGAAGGCACGCCGUGUAAAUACACAACCCCUCUCCAGGGAUUAGCGGCGACGGUAUCAACAACAUAUCUACCAGGCUGCUCCAAUGUAGCUUGCGCCGUGGCGGAUGUAGAUUCCGCCACGAAGCUAGCGGCAGAGGCUGACGCGACGGUGCUCGUUAUAGGUGCUGAUCUGUCUAUAGAGGCAGAGAGCCGAGAUAGAGUCGAUCUGAACCUUCCCGGACAACAACAAGACCUUGUGACCCAAGUGGCUAAAGCAGCUAAAGGACCGGUCUUGCUAGUUAUCAUGUCUGGUGGAGGUUUCGACAUUACCUUCGCUAAGAACGAUCCGAAGAUCGCCGGAAUCUUAUGGGUUGGUUAUCCAGGAGAAGCUGGCGGCAUAGCUAUCGCUGACGUCAUCUUUGGCCGUUAUAAUCCAAGUGGAAGAUUACCGAUGACGUGGUAUCCACAAUCCUACGUGGAAAAAGUUCCUAUGACGAACAUGAACAUGAGACCCGAUGCAUCAAACGGGUAUCCGGGUCGGACCUACCGGUUCUACACAGGAGAAACGGUUUACGCCUUCGGAGAUGGACUCAGCUACACCAAGUUCAGCCACAGCUUAGUCAAAGCUCCUCCACGUGUCGUCCCUCUACGUCUUGAAGAGAAUCACGUUUGCCGUUCAUCUGAAUGCCAAUCGCUAGACGCGUUCGGACCACACUGCGAGAAGAACGCUGUCGGAAUGGCGUUUGAGGUUCAUGUUAAGGUAAAGAACGGUGGAGGUAGAGAAGGGCUUCACACGGUGUUUUUGUUCACGACGCCGCCGGAGGUUCAUGGCUCGCCGAGGAAGCAUCUUUUGGGGUUUGAGAAGAUUAGUUUGGGGAAGAUGGAAGAAGCGGUGGUUAGGUUUAAGGUUGAUGUGUGUAGAGAUCUUAGCGUUGUUGAUGAAGUUGGGAAGAGGAAGAUUGGUUUGGGUCAGCAUGUUCUACAUGUAGGGGACUUGAAACAUUCUUUGAGUAUUAGAAUCUAA